AACUUACCUACAUUCCCGAUGGAUGUUUUCAAGAAUUGAAUGGUCUAACAAAUCUACAUCUGGAGAACAACAAUAUUUCAGAGCUUAAUAACGGCACUUUUCGUGGAGUGAACAAUCUUGAGAGAUUAUACCUGAAUGAGAACAGAGUUCACAAUAUAGCCUCUGGAACAUUCUCAGAUGUUAAGAGACUUAGAUCGCUUGUUUUGACGGGAAACAACAUCACUGAAAUAAAAAAUUACACGCUCGAAGGACUUCAAUACAGCGCGAUGGAAAUACUUCUGGAUAAUAACAGCAUCAAGACUAUAGAACCAGGAACCUUUGAAAGCUUUGCAGAAACAAGAUUCAGUUUCUUAAAUUAUUUAUCGUUAGCUGGAAACAAAGUUGAGAUUCUCAAGAACAAAACUUUCAAUGGUCUAAAAGCUCUAUACAAACUUGACCUGGAAAAUAACAACAUUCAAGUUGUCGAGGCCAGAGCGUUUUAUAGACUGUACAAGAUCCACACUAUAAACUUGAAUGGAAACAGACUAACAAACAUCACCAACGGAACGUUCUACUACAGGAGAACUCUUAGAGAACUGAUCUUAUCUGACAACAACAUUUCGAGUCUUCCAGAGGGAGUUUUUGCAACACUGAAAUCCUUGCGGGCCUUGAAACUGAGCAAUAACCCUUUGCUGUACAUCCACGCUGGUCUUUUAAGAGGCUUAUCUCGCCUUACUGACCUGAAAAUGGAACAUUGUGGAAUAAAGGAGAUUGAACCAAAUUCAUUAUCUCCCUUGAAGGCGCUCAACAGACUAUCGUUAGCUGGAAACAAAGUUGAGAUUCUCAAGAACAAAACUUUCAAUGGUCUAAAAGCUCUAUACAAACUUGACCUGGAAAAUAACAACAUUCAAGUUGUCGAGGCCAGAGCGUUUUAUAGACUGUACAAGAUCCACACUAUAAACUUGAAUGGAAACAGACUAACAAACAUCACCAACGGAACGUUCUACUACAGGAGAACUCUUAGAGAACUGAUCUUAUCUGACAACAACAUUUCGAGUCUUCCAGAGGGAGUUUUUGCAACACUGAAAUCCUUGCGGGCCUUGAAACUGAGCAAUAACCCUUUGCUGUACAUCCACGCUGGUCUUUUAAGAGGCUUAUCUCGCCUUACUGACCUGAAAAUGGAACAUUGUGGAAUAAAGGAGAUUGAACCAAAUUCAUUAUCUCCCUUGAAGGCGCUCAACAGACUAAACUUGGCCAGAAACUCUCUAAACAGAAUCAGCAACAACCUCUUCAGUAAUCUUCGCUACAUAGCACGGUUGUACUUGGAAAUGAAUGAGAUUCAGUUCAUAGAGAACAACUCCUUUGAGGGACACGACUUCCUAGGGCGUCUAUUCCUUCAUGGCAACAAAUUGUCCAAAAUUGCAACAGGUGUCUUUGAUCCUCUCCGGCGAUGUCAGUUUUUAACACUUAACAACAACAACAUUUCGGAGAUAGAGCCAGGAGCAUUGAAGGGAUUAAAAAGCAUAGAAACUAUAUUUUUGCAAUACAAUCGCUUAGACAGAGUAAAGAAAGAGGACUUCGCAUCUCUGUCGACGCUUGAAAGGCUGUACCUAUUUGACAACAAGAUAUCUGUGAUUGAACCGGGAUCGUUCCCACAACGGCACCUGGCACAAUUGCUUUUGUACAAAAACCCCACAUUAUCGUCAAUAACUAUCGUAGCUGAUGGAAAUAGUAAACCCAAUGUGACGGUUUAUAUGUUUUCCGAGAACCUUCCGUCUGUUCCAGUUAAAGACGGUGUACAUUUAAACGUACUUCAAACAAACGGAUUCCGUUGUAGAGAUGAUACGUAUACGUGCCAAAUCUGUCCAAGGGGGACAUAUUCAAGGGGAGAUGGUGUAUCCAAAGGAUGUUUACCGUGUCCAGCAGGUAAUACAACUGGGAUCCAAUAUUAGUUGUGCUACAUUAUAGCACUGAUAUCCCGUUCAUACAAACAUGUUAAACAUGUUUUAAAGUGGUUUAACUAAACAAGGUUAGAAAUUAUUUGCUCAUACACUGCAGACCUCACCACCAAUUUGCCCUCUCAAAAUGACUGCAUAGUGUAAUCUACAAACGAGGUA